UGAAAAUAGUCAAACAUGCAAAGAACAGUACCUAUUUUAAAGGUCUGGAGAGUAGACGCUUUGUUUGGAGUUUAGAUGACAUUGCAGAUUAUUCCAUGAGAGUGCAGCACUGACAGCAAAUGCAUUUUUUCGAUUAACUUCAGGGGAGAACAAGCAUGUUCAUGUCUGAAAUCCCCAUAGCCUACACCACAGAGAGAGGCAGUUGAUAUUUAAGCUUGAGUUAAAGUUUAUCAGCAAUCACGUCUAUACAUCAUUUAAUGUUAAUUUCUCAUCAAGUCAAAUGACAAGAUUUUAUUCUGAAGUAUUCUGUGCAAUUCUGUGAUUUGGCUAAUCUCGUAUUUUCUUUUAAUUUGUUCUUUGAAUCUCCAGACUUGCAGGGAUUUUGCUUUAGAGGUGGAAGUUUUAUCCAAAAGUUCUAAUUUGAAUCAUUUAGGUUUCAAUGCAACAAUGGAGAUGACCGCUACCCCUUCUUAUAACAUCAACACAACAGACGUGUCUGAAAAGAAUGGCUCUGUGUUUACUGACAAGUAUGCUGAUCUGACAAAGUCUCUCAACACCAUGUCCCUUGUAAUUUACUGCCUGACCUUUGUUCUCGGUGUGCUCGGGAAUGGAGUGGUUAUCUGGGUGACCGGAUUCAAGAUGAAGAAAACAAUUACCACAGUUUGGUUCCUCAACCUCGCCAUAGCCGACUUCCUCUUCACAGCAUGUUUACCGCUGAGUGUUGUUAACAUAGCUAUGAAUUUUCACUGGCCCUUCGGCAAGUUAAUGUGCAAGCUGAACAACACUAUAAGCUUUCUGAACAUCAUUGCCAGUGUCUACUUCCUGGUGGUGAUCAGUGUGGACAGAUGUGUGUCUGUGGUGUGGCCCGUCUGGGCCCAGAACCACCGAAGUGUACGCAAGGCGUCCUGUGUGAGUCUGGGUGUUUGGGUACUGACUCUGAUUCUCAGCGCUCCAUACUUCGUGUUUAGGGACACUGCACCAUCAUAUUUCUAUCUAGACAUCAUCAAUUGCUUCGACAACUAUGUUCUUCGUGAUGACUCUCUAACAGCAUCUGUGAAUCAGCUGCGUCUGAUACGUCAUCAGGCCAUGACCCUCACCCGCUUCCUCCUGGGAUUUGUUGUCCCCUUCACUGUCAUUGUCUCCUGCUAUGCUGUGAUAAUCCAUCGUCUCAGAAGAAACCGCACCCUGGCCAGCAAGUCCAGUCGCCCCUUUAAGAUCAUCGCUUCAGUUAUCACCACUUUUUUCCUGUGCUGGGCUCCUUUUCACAUCAUGGCUUUAAUUAAGCUGGUGAAUUCCUCUCAACGCAGUGAAACAUUAGGCCAUGUCACCACUAUUGGGGUCCCUAUAGCAACCAACCUGGCCUUUCUCAACAGUUGCCUAAACCCACUGCUGUAUGUAUUCAUGGGCCAAAAUUUCAAGGAUAUGGUCCGUAAAUCCAUCCUGGCUGUACUGGAGACUGCCUUCCAGGAGGAAGUCUCAGGAUCCCACAGUGACACAGGGGACACCAGACGGUUAGCUCUUAGUGCUGAAGGGUUGUCCAUGAGAUGAAGGAACAAAUACUGGAACUGUAUGAAGCAAAUUAUCUUGACACAAAUGUGAAUGUAUAUUGAAAAUCCCUUUUUUUUUGCUUUUGUUGUCUUCAUAUCAGGACCCUCAAGACAAGCUGGCAUUGUGCCAUUGUGACAUUGUGCCAAAUAAAAGCAUUUAGACCUGAUAUAGUCUGACUUAUGUGAGUUUUAUAUGAACUUUAAGUAAAUUGUGAUGCCUUUGUGUGCUAAAACUUUGUUUGCAAAUGGCCAUAAGAGAUCUGCAGUUCUGUGGUUGGUUGUUGAAUCACAGUAGUGCCUUAAGUGUGUACCAUAAUAGAGAUAAAAGGUUUGUAAAAUGUCAUUUCCCGAGCAAAAUAACCCAGCAGUUGUUUCAAAAUAGAUAUUUCAUGAGUUUUUGGUCAAAUGUGUGCAACACAAGCAAUUACAACAAAAUGUUAGGUUGACAAAGAGAGCUUUGUUUUUUUCCAUUCUCACUUACACAACAUAUUGCCAUUUCCUUGCCUGUAUGUGACAGUAAAGAAAACACUCAAAAAUAAUAAGUCUGAGUUGUUUAUAUCUGCAGCAUUGUCCUAUUCUAAUGUUGAUUUGCUUUAUACAUUUACUCUUUCACCACAGAAAUAUCGCUUAAAUGUAUAUUGCUCAUAGUGCAAUGACUGGAGGUUGUUAAUCAGCAAUUUUGUCUUUCAUACUGACACCAUAUAACGUGUUUCACCAGAAUUUGGACUGCUGGUUUGAUAAAUCUUUUUAUUUUUCAAUGGUCUAAUCCAGUGGUUCCCAAACUUUUUGUGCCCAAGGCACACCAAAGG